UUGCUAGCAGCCUCUCAGCCCUCAACACUCGUGAAAACGGAGCCGCCCGCAACGAUUGCCUGUUCGGUGCCGAUUGCUGCUACCUCUAUAAACAAUAAUGCGGGUGAAAUGGCCGGCAGCGGUGAUGCGAUCAGGUUCCUGAGUGCUAGCGGACCGCUGUUAACAUCCGGUGGCAUUGGCGGCUUCCCGCAUCCGAUGGAACAUGAGGCUGCCUUUAGGGCAGCAGCGAUAGCUCAAGGCGCACUACCAUUUCCAGCAAUCUAUCCUGGCUUGCAUGCUGCGCACAAAACUGUGCAUAUUUAA